GUUUGAAGCACGCUAUAUUGAUUCAGCUCUAAAUUUUCAUUUCCCUGUCGCCAGCAGUUUUACGAUUUAGAAAAACCAUUGAAGCAGGAUUUAAAUCUGAUUGAAGGCUUGUGGAAUGAAUGUGGAUUUAGCAAAAGCAAUUACCAGACUGUGACAGACAAUGGCGGAAGACCGAACCCCAAGAUUAACUGACUCCCCGAGAAAGACGACCUAUUUGGAUGUCACCAGAAAACUAAGUCGUACUGGAGACGAUUCUUUCGAUGCUGAUGAAUAUGCAAAUGCGUAUUACAAUUUUCAAGACAGACGAGGAUCAAGCCAGUCAAUAUCGAGAUACAAUUCAUGCCCGCAACUUGCGGAGGCUGAUGCUGAAAUUGCUGAGUCAUACGAGCGAACGGUAGAUGAUAUAGACACGAAUAAAAGUGCUAUUGACCGCGAAAUGCAUUGCGUUGUUGUUCAAGGACCAUCCCCAUUAUUUCGCAGAAGAAGUUACCUUGAAAACGGUGAAGUGUCGGAAACGCCAACACCACCAUCAACACCAAAAAGUAGACGCAGUAUCAUUUCAUCACGUGAUUCUUUAUUAUCGUCUCCAGACAAAACGUUCGUGUCGUCACCAUUAGCCUCCCCACGCCUACUGCUUAGGAAACAGCUCGUCCAAAGUGCAUUAAGCAGAGAUUCGUCAAUUGACAGUUUGAAUGACAAGGUCACCGUUGAUUGCUCUAAGAAAUUACCACUCAGUAGGGACAAUUUAAACAAAUUCGACGAAAUAAAAGCUAAUGAGACUGAGACAACAUGUUCUGGAAAGGACGUAAUAAGAAAGCAAGGAAGCGUCCGUAUUAAACGUGCGUCUGGGCAACCAGACGGUGUAGAAAGUGUGAAUAAGUGUGAAACAUGGCUCCAGACGCUUCACAUUGCUCAGCACGAUAAGGUCAAAUCGAGAAGUCACAUACAGCUGCCGCCUAUUUGAAACAUUGAGAAAUAAACUGGGCAAUUCUAUAUUAAUAAAGCUUAAGCUUGAUCAGUUUGAUAUUAUCUGAAAAAAAUGUUGUGCUCACAAAUUGAAAUGUUAAAAUUUAUUGAUUAACCAGAUUUAAAAAGAUGGCUCGUAAAGAUUAUGUCACAGUUAACCCAUGAAAAAAUGCUAAAUUUUGGAGCAAUAGACAAAAUCGAUCUCUGCAUACAAAAUUGGUGCAUUUCUCAAUGAAGUCUAUGUAUAUUCAUCUUUGUAUUGCCAUGAUCCUUUUGUCUUUUAACAAAAUCUUCGUUAAAUGUUUGGCUACUGGGCUGGUCCAUGAAGUUGACAUUCUAUUACUGAUGACACUCACGUAAUGGUGUAGUAAUAUUAGAUUGUUCAUAUUCUAUGUACAAGGUUGUCAACAAAUUGCUUUAUGUCCUGUAACUGUCCCAUUAAACCAGUUUUAUAUUGGAACAGCGAGGGUGAGAGUGCUCUUGUGGUUAAGGUGUCCACCUUAAUAGAUCUCUGCCCUAUGAACGUUCUCAUGGCCUCUAAAAAUGACUUUACUAGUGGCAAUGACGUCAAUUGAUAUCGUUCGAGGUGGUUCAGCUAUAUUAACCCAACGUUAUUUACUAGUAACAAUAACUAAUGAUUUGACGGGAGGUCAAUGCUAUAUGAAGUUAACAUGUUAAGAGCAUGGUUAUUUAAGUCUUUAGAUACGAAAAGUCAAUGAAAUAUUGAAAAACCCUCUUUUGUGUAAGUACAAAUUGUCAAACUUCACAUUAACAUACUAAAGUUAUUACUCACAACUAGAUGCUUCUGUGUACACGUUGAGUUUAACAUAUGAUAAAAAAUCGGAAGAAAUUUAAAAAGAACCUAAAAAUCCUCGUGUAUGAGAGCACAGAAUAAUUGCUGUUUAAUAUGAGGUUGUGCCUGGCGUUCAGUACCAAAAUUAAAUCAAGUGUUGGAAUUGGAAAUCAUUUUUUUGAAUAGUGUAACGCAUACCUGGUAUGCUUUCAGUGACAUUUUGUUGGAAUUGGUAAUAAAGAACUAG